GUGGAUGCCGUUUACACGAUGAAUGAAACUUGCGCUUACUAUUCCCAAGGCUAUAUUGCUAACCCUGAUAAUUGCCAAGCUUGGGGCUACUGCUCCGGCGGCAUACUCGUGGCGAAUGGGACCUGCCCCACAGGUUACCUCUACGACUCAUAUAAAGCUAUAUGUAACUACGCAUCUCAAGUUCAAUGCAGCACCAGUGUAAAUGAUACAUGUGCGAACUUAGCUGAUCCCGGUAUCAUUGCUAAUCCCAGCAAUUGUAAUCAAUACUGCACUUGCAUUAAUAAUGUAGUAACUGGGUGCAAAAGUUGUCCCGCGGAUCAGCUUUAUAACCCUAGUACCCGGGCAUGUGAAUAUGGCUACCAAUGUCCCACCGAUUCCGUUUGCCGUCUGGUGAAAAAUAAUGCGUUUGUUGGCGCACCUAAUAGCUGUGGCCAGUUCAUUCGAUGCCUGGAUGGUACGGGCACCGCUGCAUCUUGUUCCACAGGUUUCUAUAACCAGUUAACAGGAAACUGUCAAUCAACUAACCCUUGCAGCGCAACAAAUACCGAUACGGCGACUACACCUGCACCUAGUACAGCAGCUUGUGCUUCAUAUAAUUCAACUAAAGGGGGAGUUCAGUACUUUUCGGAUAAUUCUACAUGCUAUGGUUAUUAUACCUGCUCGAGCGAAACAGGAUCGGGCCUUUGGAGAAGUUGCGAAUUUGCCACACAUUUCAAUGGGACUAUCGAAAAGUGUGUCAGCCCUGCGAGUUGUUCUUGCACAUUUAAUCGUUGUGGAAAUAUUAACCUACAAUUUGUAACUAAAGCUUACUCAGAAUGCAAAGAAUAUUACGUGUGCAAUAAUCAACAGCAAACUUCUACUACAGCUUCUGCAUGCCCGAACGCAAAUUUCCCAUAUUUUGAUGAAAUCAAUGCAGGUUGCGUUCCAGUGAAACCUACCUAUCCAAUUUGUAAUGCUACUGCUCCUGCUAAUGCUACUGCUACUGCAUAA